AUGGGGAAUAGGGAUCAUUUAUUUCCCGACGAAAGUGUUCCCGAAAGUCAUUCGGGACAACCCAGAGAUUUUUUUGGAUCUGAUGGUCUUGGUUCUGCAGAGACAAACGAAAACCCAGUUAUCUAUGGCAAUGACAAUAAUCAGACACAAGGUCCAGAACCAGAAACUGAAUACACAGUCAAUCAACAAGUGCCUCCAAGGAAAGAUAAAGAACAGUCUAAAGUUUUAUUUUUGUUACAAAAGUUCACAUUAUAUGAAACCAGAACACAUUUUUAUAUUGUCGGCUCGAACGCUCGUGAGAUUCGUUUUAGAAUUCUUGAAAUUGACCUAAGAGUCCCAAAAGAUCAAUUAUCUAUUCGUGAGUAUGGCGGGCCAUACAAUAGACAUGAGGUAAUGCAAGUUUUGGCUCUUUUUGAAGAUGUGAACAAAAAUAAUGGUGGAUUUACCAAGAAGUUAACUGCUUGGGGGAUUAUGGGAUUUGUUCGAUUCACUAUGGGGUAUUAUAUGUCAGUUAUUACGAAUCGCAGCACUGUCGCUUUAAUUGGAGGACAUUACGUUUAUCAUAUUGAUGAAACGCAGUUGAUACCGUUAUGUCACAGCAGUUUGUACAGGAAACCUGAUCGGAGGUCUGAAGAGAACAGAUAUUUGACAACAUUUCGAAGCUUAGACUUGAGCAAGACAUUCUAUUACAGCUACACUUAUGAUAUUACUCAAACUUUACAAACGAACUUGGUUCGCGAAAAACAUAAUUUGGAAAUUCGAAAAGAAAGAAAGUCAUUCGAAGACUACAAUAAAAUGUUCGUUUGGAAUCACGCGCUUUUAAAACCAUUCAUAUCUAGUUUUGAAAAUUCGAUUAGAUGGUGUUUGCCAAUUAUUCACGGAUUUAUGGACCAAGCAAAAAUUGACAUAUAUGGUCGAACAGUUUACAUAACAAUUAUUGCAAGACGAUCUCAAUAUUUUGCUGGUGCAAGAUUUUUGAAAAGAGGUGCAAAUGUGCAUGGUCGAGUUGCUAAUGAGGUGGAAACUGAGCAGAUAGUUGCCGACAUUAAUGUUUCAUCUUUUCAUGACCCAUUUGAUGGAUUGUUUAACAAUCAUAGGUACACUUCAUAUGUGCAACAUCGAGGAAGCAUUCCGCUAUUUUGGUCCCAAGAUGUAACCAACAUGUCACCUAAGCCCCCAAUUGAGUUAAAUGCACCAGAUCCAUUUUUUGCUGCUGCAGCAUUGCAUUUCGAUGAUAUGUUUGAACGAUACGGACCUAACAUUCGAAUUCUUAAUUUGAUAAAAAGGAGGGAAAAACAUGCUAGGGAAAUGAAGCUUGGUGUAAAAUUUAGUGAGUGUAUCAAAUAUCUCAACCAAUUUUUACCUGAAGAUAAUCAGUUGCAUUACACUGCAUGGGAUAUGAGUCGUGCAUCAAGACAUGACCAAGAUGUCAUUGAAUUUCUCGAAAAAUAUUCUGACGAAACUUUACAGCGGACUGGGUUUUUUCAUAAUGGGGGAAGCGUGGACAGCAUUAAGAUUCAAAGUGGUAUCUGCCGGACUAAUUGCAUUGAUUGCUUAGAUCGAACUAAUGCAGCUCAGUUUGUGAUUGCAAAAAAAGCUUUAGGCUAUCAACUUCAUGUUUUAAAUGUCAUCAGCGACACUGAUAUUGAGUAUGACUCUGAUGCAGUUGAUCUAUUAACAGAAAUGUUUCAUGACCAUGGCGAUACAAUUGCACUGCAGUACGGCGGAUCACAUCUUGUCAACACUGUGGAAACCUAUCGCAAAAUUAAUCAAUGGUCAAGUCAUUCACGAGAUCUAAUCGAAAGUAUCCGACGUUUUUAUAGCAAUUCAUUUAUUGAUGCUCAACGCCAAGAUGCAAUCAAUCUUUUCCUGGGAAAUUUUCAAUGGAAAGAAGGUAUCCCAAGGCUUUGGGAUUUAUCUACUGAUUAUUAUUUGCACAAUAAUUUAUCUAUCAAUGAUGGGCCCCGCCGAAGUUAUAUUAAAUGGUGGACUCCUAGCCAUUUGCAGUCAGCACCAGAAAGAGUGCUUCAUCAGAUUCGAUCGUUACACGAAAAUAUUGUUAUUUCAGAGAAUCCUCAAAUUAAUGAAUUUUUAAUUCAAAGGGCUAUUUUGACUUAUCUCCCAGUGUUUGAUAAUUAUUGGAAUGAAUACUACAAGCCAAGAAUCUACACUUCACUUCAUAAACUGUUUGCAUUUGAAAUGAAUUCCACGCUUCGUUAUCAAAAUUACGAUGAACAGGCCUAUCUUUUAGGCCCUUUCAAAACCCGAAAACCUGCAUUUUCUCAUCGACAGAAGUCAAAAGACAAGCAAUCUACCACUACAGCAAAACAAAAAGCCCAAAAGCCUAUUCGUAAUCGCGAACAACCUACAACUACUAAAUCGGACAUUUGUGCUGACAUUCCGGCUCUUGCUGUAUCUCAUCAACUUCAUGACCUUCAUCCAAAAAGAACCGAUGUAAAAAGUCGACCAAAUACACCUUCAACUCGAAUUGGCGCUCUUGUCCAAGCUUCUUCUAGAUUUUAUAAGAAGCCCAGCUUUCAUCGGCUACUUUCCGAACCGGCAAGGCUUUCAGAAAGAUUUUGGGGAGGUUUGAAAGGUGAUACUUCUAAGGACAAGCCUAACAGAAGGAACAGUUCUAACUCUUCUCUUGGUGGGAGCUUUGUUACAGGUUCUAAAAUUGAAGACCCAUACAUGAAUUCGGGUUAUGACAACACAUACAAUGAGAAGCCUCUUGAAACCAUGCUAGAUGAUUUAUUAAAUCCCUCUGUUCCGGAGUCUGAGAUGCAUAUAUAUAGAAAGUAUGCUGGAUUUGAAGAGCUUAUGGCCCCAGUUAUUGAUCCAUCAUCGACCACCUCUUUUCAAAAGUUUGUACCCUUAAGUUACAACGAGAAAAACUACAAUCGAGAAAUUUCUGAUUACAGUGUUUCUCACUCAACUGUUAACACUGGCCUAUUACAUCCUACUGAGUAUGGAAGUACUACAAACCUAAGGAACUUAGAUCUAUAUACCAAGUCGUUAAAUGUUUAUGACCACAUUACUGAUGAUGUUCCUUUCCAAGAUCAACGCAUUUAUGAAUUUGCGUAUAGUCUUAGUAACAUGAAUCCACCAAAGACCGUUGAAAGGAGACAACCAAACAUUUCUCAUUUUUUGGAUAAUAGUAAUAACAUGUUUCCUUGCCUUUCUUAUUCGGAACCAGAGGCAUGUGAUAUGGGGCUGGGGGGUUUGAUGAAUGUUGUCCCCGAAGAAAAUAUACGAUUUUAUUCGAGUUGGCUUAAUGAAAAUUAA